CCUGCACUAUUUAUCUUACACAAACAAUAAAUCAUAAUUUUCUUCAACAGAAGAAGUCAAACAAACUUAUCUUCAAAAGAAACGAGCUCCCUCUAAUCAACAUAAACACGAGUUUUGUUGACCAGCUGAAAGAUGGGCACUCCUCCUCUGAAACACAUUUUUGAAUGCUUCAUCAAACCGCACCCCCCUAUCCAAGACUCGAAUCAAAUAUGCUAUUUAGCACAUUGGGAUAUUUGCAUGUUAUCUCUAAACUAUAUCCAAAAGGGCCUUCUCUUCAAAAAACCAACAUCUUCACUAGUUAAUCAACCAGAUUUUAUCGAGAAUUUGUUGAUAAAACUUAAACACUCUCUUUCUCUCACACUUUUCCAUUACUAUCCCCUCUCAGGACGUCUUGUUACACACAAAACCCAAGAUCCUCCUUCUUACACUGUUUUUGUCGAUUGCAAAAACAGUCCCGGAGCUAAAUUUAUCUAUGCAACUUUAGAUAUCACCAUAGAUGAUAUCCUAUCCCCCAUUGAUGUUCCACCCAUUGUUCAAUCGUUUUUUGAUCACCACAAAGCUGUCAACCAUGACGAUCACACCAUGUCUUUGUUGUCUAUUCAAGUUACUGAAUUAUUGGACGGUGUUUUCAUAGGUUGUUCCAUGAAUCAUUGUAUUGGUGAUGGAACCGCUUAUUGGAAUUUCUUUAACACACUUUCUGAAAUAUUUCAAAAUAAUGCUAGUGUUCCUGUUUCAAUUUCACACCAACCCAUCCAUAAUAGAUGGUUUCCAGAAGGUUAUGGUCCAAUUAUCAACCUUCCUUUCAAACAUCACGAUGAGUUUAUUCAAAGAUAUAAAGCACCGAUAUUGAGAGAGAGAAUCUUCCAUUUCUCAGCAGAAUCUAUAGCAAAACUCAAAGCAAAGGCUAACAAAGAGUCCAACACAAACAAAAUCUCUUCUUUCCAAUCUUUAUCAGCACUAGUUUGGAGAUCUAUAACCCGUUCGCGUCAACUACAGCCUGAUCAGAAAACAACUUGCAACUUAGCUAUAAACAACCGAACGAGAAUGGAACCGGCUAUUCCAAAGGAUUAUUUUGGCAAUUCACUCUAUGCAGUGAGUGCUGAAGCAACUGUAAAGGAACUGCUAGAGAAAGAUCUAGGGUGGGCAGCUUGGAAGAUUCAUUUGGCUAUUGCAAAUCAUGAUGACAAAGUGGUCCGGGGAUCGGUGGAAAAAUGGUUAGAGUCUCCUAUUGUGUAUCGACUGGAUAUGAUAUUGGAUCCUAGUUCUGUUAUGAUGGGUAGUUCACCGAGGUUUAAUAUGUAUGGAAAUGAAUUUGGAAUGGGAAAAGCAUUAGCUGUUAGAAGUGGUUAUGCUAACAAAUCUGAUGGAAAAGUAACAUCAUAUCCAGGACAAGAAGGAGGAGGGAGUAUAGAUCUGGAAGUGUGUCUUUCACCGGACAAAAUGAUGGUUCUGGAAUCGGAUGAAGAGUUCAUGAGUUCAGUUUCAGUGUUUAAUCCUUUGUUUUAGUCUUUGACUAUGCUAUGAUGUUGAAUAAUGAGGAUGCGAGAUGUAAAUUUGUUUUACACUACACCAUCUAGAUACAUAAGGUCACUUUGUAACAUUUUACUAUGCUGUUAAAUGAGUUCUAUUGAGUCAAAAAAUAGUUUAGUUGCUCUAAUAAGAAUUAGAUUAGUUCGAAAUUCAACGCAA